GCAGAGCAGCACGGAGGGCAGCGGACGGGUGUCUCCGCUGUCAGUCACAUCUCGUCAGCUGCGGGUCAAUACUGUUGUUUCGAUGCGGUAAAUAAACAGAAAAUGAGGAUGAAUAUUAAUUGACAAUCAAGGCUUGAAAUGGAGUAACGCAUUUCCCCGCGAGUGGACUUUCUAACAUCGUCUUGUGAUCCUUCGCCGGUCGCAGCAGCUGCUUGUUUUGGCACAUUUUUACCCCCUCUGAUGUCCACCUGUUACGGUCGGUUUGUGACCUGCACACAGCCUCACCACGGACCGUCACACACAACGAGCUUCUACUGAGAUGGCUCGUGCAGAGACCAUCAAGAGCGCCGGGGAGACUGGAAGAGGAGGAAACGGCCCUCUUCCUCGCCACAACACCUGCCGCAUGGAGCUGCCUCGCUCCUUCCACACCUGGCCCGGCCUGGUCACCACUACCACCAUCACCACUGGCUCUGGCGCUGGCUACGGUGCCAUGCACUUCCACCACAACCACCACCAUCUGCACCCUUUGCAGGCUGUCUGUCUGUCAUACACGCUGCCUUACCCCCACCCAGAGAGCCAGGAUGAACCCCAGAUUCACCAGUUACCUGGGUUAUCGCCAUCACUAACGCCUCCUCCUUCGCCGCUCUGCAACUGUAGGGAGGAAAGGGUUGGAGGCUUCUCAGGACAGUCAGACUCGGACCGAGAGGAGCACCAGGAGGCCUACAGCCGGCAGGGACCUAUGCCUGACCUGCUGCCCCAGAACGAGCAUCCAUCCUGGGCUUCACCACAUCACAGAGCCCCCAGGGAAGAGGCAGUACAGCGGCUGGAGGUCAGGAGAGUGGCCAGCCAGCUGAGGGCCAUUGGAGAUGAAUUCAAUGCCACAGUUCUGCACAGAGCGCACGCUGCCCCCCUCUGGCAGGACUGGAGAGACGCCUGCCGAGGACUCCUCAACUUGGUCACCCAGACUCUCAGCACUCUGUACAGGCUCACAUAGAGAGCCGUCUCACCUGUGACCACCAGGCGAGUUUUUCUGUUCAGGACUUGGCUGAACUGUGGCUAGCGGAGGGAACAGCCGCGACUGUUUUCUGCACUGUUGUCCGUUUAAAUCCGGGGGAUUAACGGGGCCUGAAAUCAAGCAUUUGCUUGAACAAAGAAUUUGGGAGGAUGAGACCGGCAGGUGAUGGCGUGGAUCAGGGUGCUACCUGUGAGCUGGAUCAGGGUGCUACCUAUGGGAACCGGGCCACGCCUGUUCUGUCUGUCUGCCUGACAGCCCGUCCGUCAGUCAGUCUGCUGGUACGGACUGCGCCUGACGGACUGAUGGUCACUUUCCUGCCUGUAUAUUUUGUAAAAUCCACUUGCUUUCUCUGUCUCUGUCAACAUCUCGGGGUCAGCUCUUCAUGUAGCAGGCAUGACUCAAGUGUGUGUGUGUGUGUGUGUGUGCAUGGCAGACCUGGGUUAAACACAUGUUGUUCUAGGUUGUUUACACUGAGACUUCAUGGCAAAAAAGUUUUCUUCAUUAUGUUUCAGAGCUUUUUCAUCCAGCUUUAAUAUGAGACGUGUUUCUCUUUCUCCCUUUUGAUUAUGUAAAUUUUCUGCUCCUCUUCUCCGCCGUUCUGACGCCCUCUGAGUUGGUUCAGACUGAUUCAGAGAAUUACAGCAGACGUGAUUUGACCCUCGCCUGAUGUGUGUGUGUGUUACAGUCGUGUCUUUAUUUUGCGUCAUUCUUCUAAACUGUGAAAGUGGACGCUGUGUUCGCAUUGCAGGGAAAAGUCGGGUGUUAUUCCACUGUGGAGCAGAGCACAGAGUGAAACCUCCCUCCCAAUCUGAUACUGCUUCAUUUCAUCACACGAUGUGCCUUUCUGCUCCGCGCUCUGUUGAGGCCUAAAGCUUAACAUCCGGACAAUCAGCUACACACACACACACACACACACACACACACGCACACGCACACACACACAUUCUCUUUAAGUGCGUUGUUGGCAGUCAAACUCAAGUGUCAUUUGCAUUACAUUCAAAUGAUCCAGCUUCAGCAUGGCUUCAGGUCACUUACGGACAGAAUGAGUCCCCGCCGAGCACGCGCCCACACACACGCACACACACACAGUGCCGCUGUACAUUCCUGCACACCGCUCACACACCGUGUCGGGAGCUGGCUGGGUCUCACCCGCUCUGUGUCAACAGUGUUCACAGUUACUUGAUCAUUUGUAAAUAUUCUUUUGGAAGAUGAAUCUAACUAAUAUGAAAAUUCUGAUGGACUUUAAAAGUACUUAUCAAAGCGAGAGUUCACUGUGUUUGGGAGGUCUUUUUGUAUUUCUGAGCGGAGUUUGAAUUUAAAUCCAGUUGAUUUGAGUUAAAGAAAACUAUGAUUUGGAUCUUUUGAAUGAAAAGUAUUUGACGUUUGUAAAAUGACCCCUUCGGUUGUGUGAUAAUUUCCAUUGUAGUUUUGGAGAAAAUGUUGAUUUCUCAUAUUAAGAGCAUAAUUUAUUUUGAAAUGUAGCCUGUCUGUAGCUUCUUUUUUUUUUGUAUAAUUUUUUAAGGUGAUGUAUUAUUUAUUUUUUUCUUACAUUCCUGAUCAAAACUAUGAAUUAAGUUGUAAUUGUUUUGUAACUAUUAGAACAGAUUGGAGUUAAAGCUAUUGGUAUACACACUGAACGUGAAUGCAUCACUCUGAAAACUCAUAUAAAUGAAUUUCGAAUGUUAUCAGCUUUAGAAAUUGGUACCUCUCUCCCAUUGCUUGUUAUAAAAUAUCUUGUUCAUUCAUUAAAAACGGUACAAUGGAUUAAAGCAAUGGUUCUGUUAAUAUCAGCAACGUUACUGAUAUUCCAGCCACAAAAGCAGAAUGACGUGUCUUUACUUGUUUUUUUUUUCCAGUAAAGCAUGAAUGGAAUACAAGAUGCAGUUAUAUCACAGAACGCCACAGCUCUCUCCAGAAACCCUGACAGUGGUGUGUUGGCUUUCAAUGUGUAUAUUAGAUGAAUGGAAAAGUACCAAAUUCUCCCUCAAUAUUCUUUAAAGCACAAAGAGGAUGAAAUCAAGCAUCCAGGACUGUUACCCUCUCCCUGAAAAUCAACUGGCUCUUUCUAAUGUAACUAGAAUAAUAAUAAUAACUUAAAUUACAGAGCUGUGUUGGCCUGUUUGGACAGCGGCGGAGCUACAUGUGGUGCCACACAUGCUAAAAAUCGACAUUUAUGCACUGUUUGAAUUACAGUGACCACUCAGCCGAGCGUUUCAACUUUUGUUUCAGGAAGGAUUUGACUGAAACGUCGACCGCUCUCACUUGGCCUUAGCCGCACUCUUUUGUAUGUUUUAUAGCAUUGGGCCUUGUUUUUUGUAUUUUUGAACACCUUGAUGUAUAAAGUCAGAAUGAUGCCUGCAGAAGUUCAGCUGACACGGUGCGAAGCAGAGAACUAACGAUGGCAGACACUUGCUUACUGCUGCACAUACAUUGCUAGCAGUGCUUUUAGCCAUGCUGUCAUCAUAUGGUUAUGCUAACAGCUUUAAAGAAAGUCCACCUGUAAGUACUCGCUAGUUGCUCACUUCCUGGUUGUUUUUCUUGUGAGCGUGCACUUCCUGGUUCACGGCUCGCCUCCCUGCGACAGCGACGCUCGGUGUCAUCACAUGCAGUGUGUAUUUGCUGUUUUCAGUUUUUUUUCUAUUGUAAACUUUCAUGAAUUUUGUACUUUUUUCUUUUUUAUACAAUAAAGAUAAGGACA